AGCACGUAACCUGCUCUAUUGCUUGCUCUUUUCCAUUGCGGCCUCACGAUGAGCGAGGUACCCGUCGAAACGGGUGCGGGACGCGAAGCGAGUACCGGUGGUCGGCCCGAACUUGAUGCCUUCGAAGACGAGACUGUUGGCCUCGACUACGGCGAAUACCAGAAGCCUGCAGUUUCUGGCUUCCAGGAUGGCGAGAUGGAUGUCAAUAGCGAUGACAAAGUUCACGACAGCAACCUGCGUACGAUACGUAAACUCCUGCAGAUAAUGAUUCCCUACGGCGGCAUGCUGUCGAGUGGUUUCAACAUGGCGUCAACCUCCGUUGGUGCCGGCAUUCUCGGCUUGCCUGCUGCAUUUCACAGCGUUGGCAUCAUCAUGGCCACCGUGUACCUCGUGCUCAUCACUGCCGAGACCAUCUACUCGAUGCAUCUCCUCGUGCAAGUCUCGGAGAGAACCGGCCUGCGUUCGUUUGAGGAGAUGGCGAGGCACCUGCUGCAUCCGCGUGCGGACAUCGUGGUCGCCAUUCUCCGCGUCUUGCACACCUUUGGCGGCACUGUUGCCUUUGUUGUGACAAUCGGUGAUCUGCUGAGGCCCAUCCUCGCGUCUUUCGACUCCACUCCCGCAUUUCUUCGUGAGACGAAGGGAAUCCGGCUCCUACAUGCGGCCUUCUGGCUUGUGUUCAUGUUUCCGCUUGUCCUCCCGCGCCAGAUUAAUUCUCUCCGCUACGUCUCUGCGGUUGGCAUCCUCUUCAUUCUAUACUUUGCCGUUGUGGUUGUCGUGCACAGCGCGAUGAACGGCAUGAGCGCCAACCCGCGGCCGGCUGUGCGCCUCGUGAACACCGGCAACACCGCACUGGAGGGUCUUGGCGUGUUCAUUUUCUCUUUUAUGUGCCAAAUCAACUGUGUGGAGGUGGCGCUCGAAAUGCGCCCGCGCAGCCUCCGGCGCUUCACGAUUUGCGCGUGUAUCAGCAUGACUAUCUGCGGUCUCUUGUCCUACAUCACCGGGCUCUUUGGUUAUCUGGACUUUGGUGAAGUCGAGGGCUCGAUCUUGCUGAAGUACAACCCGCUGGAGCAGCCGCAGAUCUUUGUGAGCUAUAUUGGCGUGUUCAUCAAGAUCUGCGCCUCGUUUGGGCUCGUCAGCAACGCCUGCCGCAGUGCCCUGUUUCCUCUGUUUGGGUGGGAUCCAUACACCGUCGUUUACUGGAAGUAUCUCAUCGGAGCCGUCCUGCUUGCGGUGCUAAAUCUCAUGCUGGGGUUGUUUGUGCCGAACGUAAACAUGGUGUUUGGAUUCACGGGCGGCGUCUGUGGUGGGGCCGUGGGCUUUAUUCUGCCCGUUUUGUUUGUCAUGUACUCUGGCGGCUGGACGCUGCGCUCCGUCGGCAUCGUGAACUACACAUGCACGUACCUCGUGUUGUUUGCCGGUGUCGUCGCCCUGGUGUUUGGAACUGCCGCCACCAUCUACAGUGCGGUGGGCCGCUAA